CGUUCUGGACGCCGUCAUACUACAUCAUUAUGAAAGAGUGUGCAGGUAAAAUGGAAAAUGUAUCCAAGACGGCCCCCUCCAAUGGACACAGCCGGCCCCUGGACAUCGUGCCCAGUACAGAGGAGAAGAUGACAGACAGGGGUCAGUGGGGCAACAAGUUUGAGUUCAUCCUGUCAGUAGCUGGAGAGAUUAUAGGCUUGGGGAAUGUCUGGCGUUUUCCCUACUUGUGCUAUAAGAAUGGAGGAGGUGCCUUCUUUAUCCCGUACCUUAUCUUCCUGUUUGCUUGUGGCAUCCCUGUUUUCUUCCUGGAGACAUCUCUGGGACAGUACACCAGCGAGGGAGGCAUCACCUGCUGGAGAAAGAUCUGUCCUUUGUUUGAAGGAGUGGGCUAUGCGACUCAGGUGAUUGUGGCUCUGUUGAAUAUCUACUACAUCAUUGUGCUGGCCUGGGCCAUCUUCUACCUCUUCAACUCCUUCACCUGGGACCUUCCCUGGUCCUCCUGCAACAACACAUGGAACACAGCUUCGUGUAUGGAGUUUCAGAGGGGGAAUAGUUCUGUCAAUCACUCUGAGAACACCACCUCUCCUGUCAUUGAGUUCUGGGAGCGGAGGGUGCUAAGAAUUUCCUCAGGUAUUGAUCAGAUUGGCACUCUGAACUGGGAUCUGGUCAUUUGUCUGGCUGUUGCCUGGGUCAUCUGCUACUUCUGCAUCUGGAAGGGAGUCAAGUCAACUGGCAAGGUUGUAUACUUCACAGCCACAUUCCCUUACGCCAUGCUGUUGGUCCUGCUGAUUAGAGGAGUCACCCUGCCAGGAGCCUCCAGGGGCAUCCAGUUCUACCUCUAUCCUGACCUGGGACGGCUGUCCGACCCACAGGUGUGGAUGGAUGCUGGAACGCAGAUCUUCUUCUCCUAUGCCAUCUGCCUGGGCUGUCUCACUGCAUUGGGAAGCUACAACAAAUAUGACAACAACUGUUAUAGGGAUUGCCUGUCACUGUGUUUCCUGAACAGUGGUACCAGUUUCGUGGCGGGUUUCGCAAUCUUCUCCAUCCUGGGCUUCAUGUCCUAUGAGCAGAACGUGCCGAUUUCAGAAGUGGCUGAAUCUGGUCCAGGUUUGGCCUUCAUAGCCUAUCCACGUGCUGUGUCCAUGAUGCCCUUCUCCCCUCUGUGGGCCUGCUGCUUCUUCGUUAUGAUCGUCUUUCUGGGACUUGACAGCCAAUUUGUGUGUGUGGAGAGCCUGGUGACAGCCAUGGUAGACAUGUAUCCAUCCACCUUCCGCCGCAAGAACCGCAGGGAGCUCUUCAUCCUGGCAGUGGCUGUGGUCUCUUUCCUCAUGGGCCUCAUCAUGCUGACAGAGGGAGGCAUGUACGUCUUCCAGCUCUUUGACUACUACGCGGCCAGUGGGAUGUGCCUUCUUUUUGUGGCUAUUUUUGAGACUGUUUGCAUUGCAUGGAUUUAUGGUGCUGAUCGUUUCUAUGACAACAUAGAGGACAUGAUUGGCUAUCGCCCCAGCCCUCUCAUCAAAUACUGCUGGCUUUUUUUCACUCCUGCCACGUGCUUUGGAACCUUUGCUUUUGCCUUGAUCAAGUAUACUCCACUGAAGUACAACAAUGAUUAUGUGUACCCAUGGUGGGGCAAUGGUCUGGGCUGGAUGUUGGCCCUGUCUUCCAUGAUGUGUAUACCCCUCUGGGUGGCAAUAAAACUCUACUUCACCCCUGGAACACUGAGAGAGCGCCUUACUCUCCUCACUACUCCCUCCACUGACUUACCCAAGACCAAACUAGAGCAGGAGAAGCUGCUGGCCAUUUUUGCAGCAGACAGCAACAAUCUAUGUCAGAAAGCACCGCCCACCAAGGACGGUUACUUUCCUGUCAAUGAGAAAGAAUCCAAUUGCUAGAACCCCGAGAGUUGGAAUCAGAGCCUCCUAGGGGUCAAAGGUU